ACAAUCAAAUUCCCUCAUUUUCUCCAAAACCAAAUUCUCUCAAUCGAAACCUUUACACUAAGAACCAAAGUACUAUCUCCGGAAUUCUCCAGAAGUUUCUACAACAGUAUAUACCUGAAACAGCUACCUAUGGGAAAUUGUAACAACGAUGACUUCUGGACCUACACCUCCGCUACAUCUUUCGUUGAUGAUCGUCGAUUCUCCAAACACGUUCAUGACAAUGUCCACGGCAACAUCUAUCUCGAUCGUCUAUCUCUGAAGUUCAUCGACACCGAACAAUUUCAGAGGCUUCGCGAUUUGAAGCAGCUAGGUCUUACAUACAUGGUCUACCCUGGGGCUGUGCACUCUCGAUUUGAGCAUUCCCUAGGGGUCUAUUGGCUGGCCAGUGAUGCUGUAAACAGACUUAAGACCUGUCAAGGAGUGGAGCUUGGCAUUGAAUCUUUUGACGUACAGACUGUGAAACUUGCUGGAUUACUACAUGAUGUGGGUCACGGGCCAUUCAGUCACAUGUUUGAGCGUGAAUUUCUUCCUCGGGUUCGUGACGGCCUUAAGUGGUCCCACGAAGAUAUGUCUUUGAAGAUGAUAGACUACAUUGUUGAUGAGCAUGGCAUUGAUAUUGGUUCUGACUGUCUGAAGAAAGUGAAGGAACUGAUAGUUGCUUCUGAGGAAGGUAAUUCAGUGAGCUCGAAGGAGAAGCAGUUCUUGUAUGACAUUGUUGCUAAUGGGCGAAAUGGAAUAGAUGUUGACAAAUUUGAUUACAUAGAGCGUGACACCAGAGCUUGUGGUCUUGGGUGCAAUUUUCAGUUCCAGAGGCUACUGGAAACAAUGCUUGUUAUAGACAACGAAAUAUGUUAUCGCGCGAAGGAAUAUCUUACAAUCCACAAGCUAUUUUCCACACGUGCUGAUUUGCAUCGUACGGUCUAUAUGCAUCCAAAAGUGAAGGCAAUAGAGCUCAUGGUUGUAGAUGCCUUGAUAAAAGCCAAUGACCAUCUUCAAAUUGCUUCGUACAUAGACGAACCAGCUCAAUACUGGAUGUUAGAUGAUGCAAUAGUCAAAACAAUUGAAACUUCUACCGAUCAAGAGCUAGAGGAAUCCAGAAAUCUGAUUCGUCGAAUUCGGAGGAGGGAUAUAUACCAGUUCUGUAAUGAGUUUGCUGUGCCCAAGGAGAAGCUGGAGCAUUUCAAGAAUGUGACGGCUCAAGAUAUAAUUUGUUCCCAGAAUUCUGAUGCUCAUUUGAAUGAGGAAGAUGUCAUUGUUACUAAUGUUAAAAUUGAUUUGGCUAGUGGAAGGAAUAAUCCAUUGGAAAGGAUCAGCUUCUUCCAGGAUUAUGAUAGCUUUGAGAAAUUCCCUAUAAAGGAUGACCGCAUCAGUCACUUGUUGCCUGCAUGUUACCAGGAUAUGAUUGUUAGAGUUUAUACCAGGAAAUCUGAACUGGUAGAAGCUGUUUCUGAAGCAUUCGAGAAUUUUCAGAUGAAGACUUACGGGAAGAAAACACAAGUACAUGCAACUCCUGAAAAGAAGAAACGCCUGAAGUACUAGGAUCGAUGAAAAUGGCUUUUGUUGGCUUCUAGCCAGAUGUACAUACUCGGUAUACACAUGAACAGUAGAAUCUCAUUUUCCUCUGAUUUGUAAAGGUAUAGAUGUAAAGUCCAUGAAUAUGGCUAAACUCAUAUCACUCUGGUUGA